CCGCUCGCGUAGACGACGACCGUCCGUCGCGCGUCGUCUAUAGGUUUAUGAACUGCCGAGUGUGGUAAUAUAGGAACGGAUCGAGAAAAGUACGCGUGGCCACGACGAACGUCGACGAUGCGUACCGCCGCGCUGACCGCGGUCGCGGUGUUGGCCUGCUGCCGGCUACAGCUACCUGCCGUUCAGGCCGCGUGCCUGCACACGGCCAGGGACCUGCAGGCCCAGGCCCGCGCGUCCGAGGUGGUGGUCAAGGCGCUGGCUAUGCGCGUUUGGCCGGAAUCCGAUGGACUGGUGGGCGGCCACUUUGCCGUCAUUGCCGUCUACAAGGGCGCCCGGGCCGUGAAAAACGUGUUGCGCGUCGGCGGCACUGAUUUGUUCAACAUACACGACAAGAGAAUGAACGUGACGGGAUUUUGGAACGAUUUGCCGGAUGAUGAGCACAGGGCGUGUGGGGCCAGAGUGACGGUGGGCACGUAUUACGUGCUGUUUGCAGACGUCGUGCACGGCCGAUUUGUAGCCAAAGACAGACAAGGCGCGUUGGUCGAGUGGACAGACGGCAACGAAAGGGCCGUGUGGCACGGACUUGGUUGGGGUGACUGGAGCGAUUGGUCGGCGUGCAACGUGUCGUGUGACACCGGACUGCAGUAUCGGCACCGACGUUGUCUGAAGUGCGGACAAGGGCACAACAAGGAAAUGCGGAAGUGCAACGACUUCCCGUGUGACGGUGUCAUGGAACUGAUUGCGCCGGGAGACCGCGUGCGUACCGUCGGCGGUAAGUUAAACGGUAGCGAAAAUGGGUUCAGUCUUCUCGACACGGUCGGCUUCUCGAACACGUUUUCACUGCUCAUCACGCUGAGAGUACAACCAAAAGUGGACUUUGGUACUGUCUUCCGUUUAUCUUCAUCGACAGAACCAUUGAAGGUCAUAACGCUUGAAGUCAGUGGUCCAGAUCUAUUACGAGUGUCUGUAAACACGAGGCAGUCGAAUAGAUCAGUGCUGAUCGCUGCAGUGCUAGCCGAUGGAAUUACUCAUCAGCUAGGAUUGGGAUUUCAAAAAGAUGAAAUCAUAGCGUAUUUGGACUGUAGAUGGGUUACGACUGAGACGCUGAUGCAAAAUUCAUAUGCCUCAUCUCCGGAAUAUUAUGAUAUGGACGUCUUCGAGGAAUCGUUAACGGCGGACUUGGUGCAAAUGAUCGUCGUGCCGGACCCAACAGCCGUUUCAGACCAGUGCACUGUGUUUCGGAUMGCCGUACUGGACACGGAGAUUGUCAAAACCAAAAUAAGAGAUAAAUCUCAACGUGGCACCAAUGGAAUUAUUGACGGUGAACAUGAAACUAAAAGAACUGUUUCCAAACACUCGGAGUCCGUUUAAUGAGACCCGCGGGGAUGGACCUCGACCGGAGACUGAACAAAGAAUACGAUGACGUAUCAACGCAAGCGUGUAUAUUAUACAUAAUAUAAUAUUAUUAUUGUUACAGUAAAAUAAUGACAGUCGGUGUUGUGAAAAAAUAAAUAAUAAUCGAUAAUUAUUAACUAAAAUAAUAACGAAAUUGUUGUUCCAAGUUCUCGGGACAAGGUGUGCACAUAAUAGACGUUUAAUAAUAUUCUAUGAAUGAUGUCGAUGUGUAGGUAAUAAUAUAAUAUAAUUACUAUGAUAACCGAAGGAUUUUUUUUUUCGUGUGUUUGAAUGGAAACCGUCAUCGCGACGCAACGGAGUUUGAUACCGACGCAAUAUUUUUAUUUCCAUUUAAUAAUAAUAAUA